AUGUUUGAGUUCAUCUAUGGGAUGCACAACAACAAGCACAACGAUCCACCGAUUGGCGUAAACCUUCGAACUGUGAAUCGCCCAGAAUCCAUUAGAUUCGGAGAAGAAACUCGAAUCAGGUCAAAGCGUUUCACGGCCAUUGCGUGCACAAGGAUAAUUAUUGUUCAAAUUGCCAUUGCGAUCGCGACCAUACUGAAUCCUCUCUUGAGAUGGAGAUGGAUCGACUCCUCCAGAUUUGAUCAGAAGCGUUUGAUCAGGAAACAUGUACUUGGACACAAAACCACCGUCUUGGUGAAGGAAAUCGAACCAGAAUCCAUUAGAUUCGGAGAAGAAACUCGAAUCAGGAAGUUAACCAACCAUGACAUGUCUUGGUACAGCAUUAAUAUAUGGAGAUUCUGUUCAGAGCUCUGUUGGCAUGUCAAAUAUUCGAAGAAUCAUAGGAGUUUGUCCCCAGUUUGAUAUUCUUUGGGAUGCAUUGUCUGGUCAAGAGCACCUCUACCUCUUUGCAAGUAUUAAGGGUUUGCCCCCUUCUUCAAUUGAAUCGCUG